GUGGGGAGUGGACGUAACUGCGGCUCCUGGGUUGCACGUGUUUCUUAAGGAGUCGUAGUGCGUGUGCUUGUGUGUACGUACGUGUGGUGUCAUGUGAUCAUCAGUAAAUUCCUCAAGCCACUCACCGCUGAGCAAAGUGAACCUAUCUGAUUAUGACUUUUUUUUUCUGUGCGUGUGGCUGGAAAAAAACUUGGAUUAGUUAAACACUGUAGAGGAAGUGGAAGUGUGAGCGAGAAGGAAGCUGACUUUUACUGAAGUGAAGGAGUUAGAGAGGGAAGGAGAGAAGGAGAGAGGAAGAGAAAGAGAGACAGAUAGAGAGAGCUAGAUAUCCUUUCCUUUCCUUCCUUCCUUCCUUCCUUCCUUCUCCAGCAAGACUCUCCACCCACUCUCAGGGAUAACAAGGGCGGCACAGAGAACCAGAGGAAUUGACGAUCGAAAGAGAGAGGGAGUGAGGAGUUUUACAGCCAGCCUACCUCUCUCCUCCCUCCCAGCCAGCCAGCCAACCAGCCAACCAACCAACCAACCAACCUGCCUUCCUGCCUGCCUGCCUGCCUGCCUGCCUGCCUGCCUGCCUGCCUCACGCCUACAUUCCGCCACACACAUACACAAACAACAACUUCACGCGCCCCACACACUCCACCUCAAGCACCAACACCCUCUCUUCUUUCAUCACUACAGUUUCCUAGCUACCCUUUCUCAUCUUUCUCACCUCACCCUAGUUUAUUUCCUCUUCUACCUAUCUACACCACCUAUCGACACCCACAUUUCGCUCCUCGCCACAAUGGGUAUCACAGCGCGAGCUCAAAAGCCGAAGAAAAUCCCUGUAGGUCUUGAGGGUGGCUCUGAGCUGGUCUCCGUGCUCCUCACCUACUUCACGUUGGUCCUCCUCCUGGUGGCCGUCUACAUGCUGUACCGCGUGGGCGUCUCCGUAUUCUCGUGAGACGUGAUGGGCGCGGCGUAGUGUAGCCGAGGGCGCCAGUAUGGAGGCCUCCCCUGAAGCUGGUGGGGUGGGCGGCCGGUGUGGGCGGCGCCGUAACUGCCGCACGUGUGGGCAGCAACACCAGCCCCACGAGCCACACCUGUACGACUACAUCGACGAGGUGGACGAAGACAUCACCUGCCAUAUCUGCCUACAGCCGCUGGUGACGCCCCUAGACACGCCGUGCGGCCAUACCUUCUGCCGGCCGUGCCUUCUGUCAUACCUCACCGUGCAGCAGAGUUGUCCCGUAGACCGCAAGCCUCUUUCCCAGCAGCUGUGCAGUCCGUCCUCCCUUGUGCUAAAGAAACUCCUGGAGAAGCUGAAGGUAAAAUGCCCCAACGAAGACCACUGUACCAGCGAGAUGCAGCGAGGCGACCUGGAAGACCAUCUCAAGUACAGGUGUCCCGGGAACUGGGUAUCAUGUCCCCACACCACCUCCGGCUGCGAUUACCGUGGUCCCCCGCGCUCCAUGUCUACCCACACCGCCUCCUGCCCCUUCAAGGACCACGGUACGAGUGUGUCGCGUCCACCUGUGCUGGAGGGACAGAUCACACACCUGGAGGUUCCUCGCACGCAUACCAGCCUCGGCAUCACCAUCGUGGGCGGCUCGGACACGCCACUGCGGUGCGUGGUGGUGCAGGAAGUGUUCCCGGACGGGCUGGUGGCGCAGGAUGGCCGCCUUCAGCCUGGCGACCAGAUCAUUGAGGUGGACGGUGUGGACAUGACCUCGGCGACCCACCAGGCCGUGUGUCAGGCCUUGCGGCGGCCCAACUCUGUGCUCCGGCUUGGCGUCUACCGCGAGAGGAUCGAGGCACAGAGGGCGCUGCUGUCGUCCCCGGCACCAACCACCCCCGUCAACCAGGGCCCCGCCACACACCAGCCACAGCCAGGUGAAGCAAUGAUGGUGUCUCUGCGCAAGGAGAGCAACCGUCAGCUGGGACUGAAGCUUGGGGGACGCCGCACCGAACCAGGCAUCUUUGUGAUGGAGGUGCUGGAGGGCUCUGUGGCAGCACAGGACGGGCGCCUCCACCCGCACGACCGCAUCCUGGCUAUCAACGGCGCGGAUGUGCGUUAUGCUCGCCUCGAUCACGCCUCCACCCUCAUUCAGGAGAGCCGAUACAGUGUGAGCCUCGUGGUGAGCCGCGGCAGCAGCGUGGUGGACAGCCCUACUGGUCCAGAAUACCAGCAUCUUUUCCGCUCCCCGGAUCCCUCCCUCCCUGCACUUCACUGGCGCACCAAAUCAGCCCCAGAACGCCUUGUUCCGCGCCUUGACUGUCAUCACAAAGAUAUCAAUAAAAGUCUUGGAGACGUAACUGACUCGGGCACCGAAGAGGUGGGUCUAUCAGCCUCUUGUGAGUCUCUGGAUGGACGAAGAGGCUUCAACGGAGGCAUGGUGAUCGGGGGUUCGUUGGGCUCACUGGGUACAGGACAUCAGAGCAACGAAGGUUCUCUUGCCUCUCUGGGAUCAACUUUGCACCAGAGUUCCGGAAGCCUUUCCUCGGCAGCGCGUUGCGGGGUUCAGGAGGAAGACUCCACACCCCCAGCACUGCCCCCACGACCUCGUCACGCCCUGGCUCACUCCCGCUCCAACGAUCAGCUGGCUCACUCCCGCUCCAACGAUCAGCUGGCUCACUCCCGCUCCAAUGAUCAGCUGGCUCACUCCCGCUCCAACGAUCAACUCGCCACCCCGGAUUCUGCCAACAGUGAAGGGCUGCGAGAGGGACGUGGCGUGGAGGACUCUCCCACACAGGACGCUACGGAUGGCUCCAUCAACAGCCGCCUGAAAAGUCGCCGUUCUCGGGAUGUGAGCGACAUCAGUGAGCUGAGUCAUGGGUUUUCGCGCUCGCUUCGCAUUGAAGGUGCUCACCUCCAUCAGAAAACUGUCACGAUCUCUAAGGGCAGCAACGAAAGUCUGGGAAUGAGGAUAGGCGGCGGGCUGGGUAGCAACGAGGGAGACACGCCCAUAUACAUUGCAAACAUCAAUCCGCAAGGACCCGUUGGCAAAUCUAAGCAAGUCAAGAAAGGGGACGUGGUGCUGUCGGUAAACGGACAGUCACUAGUGGGCCUGACGCACGGCCAGGCCGUGGCACUUCUGAAGGCCACGGCCGAACUGGCAGGUGUCACACUUUCGCUCCUGGAUGGCCCCGAGACUUCACAGGGAUCCGCAAACUUCGUACCGUCGUGGUUGUUCUGGCAGAAGCUUCCUCGUUCUCUGCACGUGUCGAAGAGCGUGGUGCUGCACCGUGCACCAGGCGCGUCGCUUGGCUUCAGCAUUGUGGGCGGCGCCGAUCCACAGCGAGGCACGGAGCCCAUCCACGUGCUGUUCGUGGUGCAGUCGUCACCGGCAGCGGCCGACGGCAAACUGCGCUGCGGGGACCGGCUGCUGGCGGUAGACGGCCACUCGCUGGAGCAGGUGAGGCACGCCUCUGCCGUGGCCUUACUGAAGCAGGCUGGCCAGAGGGUGCACCUGCAGGUUGUGUCCUGGCUGGGCACGGAACUGUGACCUGCACCGCACGCUACACCCAGCGAAGAGUUCCGUCCUCAAGUCUUCUUGACUUAGACGAAGAUUACUGCGCUGCCGCUGGUCGCGAACUUGCCAAACCGGGUAGCAGCAGUAGGGUCACCUCCAGCUGUGAUCUCUCCAGGGUUCCUCUUGUACAUCAGCUAGUCUUUCUUGCCUCGGGGCAAGGGGAAGUGGGUCCCUCUGGGUACUACUACUUGCCUCUUCAUCCUCGUACCUAGGAAACAGUGAUACAGAUUGGCAUUAAAUCCUGAUAUUAAAACGAUGAAAACACACCGGCGACCUCCAUACGAAGGCCCUCCACUUACUUAACCAACAUCACGCAAGACCUCCAUACUGGCGUCUUCUCGGCGCACGUCAAAUUGUACCAUAUUUUUUUUUUUUUUUUUUAUUGUUUCGUUUGUUUCGGGUUGAUCUAAGUGUUUAGAGCUGCAGCCUUAGUAGCAAGGCUGAGAAUGUUCCCCGUAGCUUAAGCCUCAUGUAUGUGUGAGUGUGCGUACAUGUUUGUGUGUGUGCAUGAGUGUUUUAUCUUCCCGCCGUAGUUAAAUAGAUGCCCCACCCACCUUAAGCCGCAAAUCCCCACACGUGACCGCCUCAUUGCGACUCUAACUCACAGUUCCCCUUCACAAGCUGUGUUUAAGACUCGUGCAGCAGCUUGGCCCUAAUGGCACCUGAUAGCUUGGUGACUUGAUUCCCUCCAGUGCUUUGGGCUCAAUUAUUGGUGACAUCACAGAGACAAACUGACUGACUGACCGAACACUAUAAUUAGCGGCAUAUCACUAGCGUUACCCCUUGUCCUGUAGCGUGGGAAGGUGAGCAUCUCUUCUGUGAGGGAGACGCCACCUUACUCACUCAUAGUAGGAGCAGUAGUCAUGUAAUGUAGUGUGGAUAUACACCUCGGUCUCAUGCUCUUCCCUUCUCUUUAAUUUUACAAGUAAAGACGCUCCUUAUUGAACAAAAAAAAGGAAAAAAAAAUGUGCUCGCUUGCCCCUCUCUCUCUCUCUCUCUCUCUCUCUCUCUCUCUCUCUCUCUCUCUCUCUCUCUCUCUCUCUCUCUCUCUCUCUCUCUCUCUCUCUCUCUCUCUCUCUCUCUCUCUCUCUCUCUCUCUCUCUCUCUCUCUCUCUCUCUCUCUCUCUCUCUCUCUCUCCACAGAAACCACAGUAUGUCCCCCCACAGUAUGUUUACAUACCACAGUCACUUACCACAGUCUCUCCCCUUAGAAUGUUUCUCCCCCUACUACCAUUGCCUCUUUCUUCCCUUUACAUCCACCACCAUCUAACACAGCCUCCUCCUCAGAAACAAAUCAAUAUAUUUUCUUUUGUCUGUCUGAUAUAUCCUUGUUUCCAUAUGAAUAUUAUAGUUGGAAAUAGAUACUAUAUAUAAGUCAUCUCGUGGUGUACUGUGGUACUACUACUUCCUACCUUCCUUCCCUCUAUUUACCUCACCUUUCAUCUCUCCUUUCCUCCUCUUACCGUGAUUGCUGAUUUUCUACCUGUUGAAUUAAGUAAAUUUAAAUUGAAUUCAUAAUUUUACUCUAAAAAUAAAUAAAAAUAUACAUUAGCUUUUUUUUUUUUUGUAAAUAACUAUCGCUGUAGAGGUAUUCUCCUACGGCGCAAAUAUACUUUUAAUUAGCUGUCUUACGAAUACUUGUAACUCUUGUUUCCCUCCUGUUACUCCUCUCUUUCCCGCAGCACACGGCACUGCGCUGCCUCUGCUAACUUUGGUUGUUCACUGUGCUCUUAUUUUGGCGUUGUGGUUCAAUAAAGAGACGGAGUAAACUGUU